AUGGCUCAGGAUCCGGAACCCGACCCCGCUCACCUCGAACGCAUAGAGGCUGUUCGAGACGAGAUAGCGCUUUAUGAAGGCAUGCUAGCAAGUCUACUUCAUUCAGUUUCAUAUGGUGAAUGCGAAGACGAUGACUUGGAAACCCAGGAAUCUCUUCGAGACACCAAAGCCAACCUCAAGGCCCUUCGUAAGCAGUUGCAGGACCUGGACUCUCCUCGUCAACCUCUAGAUUCGACCAACAUGCAAUCAACAAGCAAUCUCAACCACUUCCGAUCAGAUCAUCUCAUGCCACCACCAGCUCGUGAACCCUCUUUUCGAAAACGCCAGAGAAGCGACUAUGACCACGAUCAUGAUGAGCCAGAAACUAAGUCUCGCCGCACAACUCCAAACCUGUCCGCUGCACCGUCCCCUACACCAUCAACAGACAGUUUCGAUAGUCUCGACAGCCUCGAUCUCGUUGAUGACCCUUUCCUUGCGUCCAUCUUUGGCGAGCACAAGGCCCGCGAUGCGGGUCGGCAGCAAAAAUACUUGAGUCGAUUGGAGGAGAAAAGAAAGCAGGAACAGUUAGACGCAGAAUUCGCCCAAAAGCUAUCUCAGGAACUCAACGAUCCCGGCAGUGCGCCGCAGAAGACACAGACUCUACCCAAUCACUCUGCCGAAUAUUCCCAGUUGUUCUUGGACACCAAUGGCUCCAUUGGCAACCGCCCUGCCCCUGUCAAGCCCGAGUCUGAUAUCCCAUCUGACAGACCUCAGGCUUCAUUCGCUACCAACGCUGGUGAACCUUGGAGCAGGACACCUAUUAAGAAUGAAAUGCAUCCUCCAAGCCCCUCGACCCCUACUGUUCGAAUCAAGCCUGAACUGACUCCAGGAUCUGGCCCCGCAAAUUACACCACCCCGGCCAGCACGUACCCACUGCCUUCGCGUACCCCAAGUUACGGAGGAAUCAAGCCGGAUAUCAAAUGGGAGGGCGGGCGAUAUCAAAGUACUCAGAACGUCCCAGCAAUGACCAUGCCGGGGACUCCCAAUUCCGCUCCACCAGCCAUGCCUGGAGCGUUUCCAGGUUCCAAGCCCUACGUCAGCACCGGUGGUAACUCCGUUUACAGCUAUCCCCCUUACAACAGUGCGACCUCUUCUCUGGGUGCUGCAUCACAAUCUUAUGUCUCGCCGUAUGGUAUUGGCAAUCUACCUAGUCCGGCAGCUUCUUAUGCGAUUCCAGGCAUGGAAUAUGCGGAUCCCGCCAAGACGCAGGAGGAGUUGGAAGCACUCAUGAAACAUAUCAGACCAGAUGAAGAACUCACCAACGAGGAACUCGUCGAGCCUCCUCACAAACUCAAGGCCACGUUGAUGCCCCACCAGCUCAAAGGUCUUGCAUGGAUGAGGAAAAUGGAGGAAGGCUCGAAUAAAGGAGGCAUCUUGGCAGACGACAUGGGCUUAGGAAAGACUGUUCAAAGUAUCGCGUUGAUCCUUGACCGCCCACCAGACCCAAGCUCUCACAGACCUACUCUUAUCGUCGCUCCUGUCGCAUUGAUGCAGCAAUGGGAUCGAGAAAUCAACAAGAUGGUCAAACCGCGCCAUCGCUUGCAGACUUAUAUUUAUCACGGUUCCUCAAAGAAGGUUCCAUGGGCCGCAUUGAAGGUUUACGAUGUAGUCCUAACCACAUACGGUUCGCUGGCUGCCGAAAUGAAGCGUCAACUGGCAUGGGAGGAAAAACUGAGACUAGUUCCCGAUGCACGGCCAUCGGCUGCCGAGCACUGUCCCAUCUUGGGUGACCGCUCUCAUUUUCAUCGAGUCAUCUUGGACGAAGCCCAAAAUAUCAAGAACAGAAUGGCAAAAGCCGCCGUGGCUGCGUGCCGGAUCAGAGCUGACCAUCGAUGGGCAUUGUCUGGUACCCCCAUGCAAAACAAUGUUGAAGAAAUGUAUAGUCUGGUCAAGUUUUGCCGCAUCAGACCAUACAACGACUGGGCUAAGUUUAGCAAAGACAUUGCUGGUCCGAUAAGAAGGAAGGGUAACGGCAGAUAUAUCUCCGUCUCCGAGGAGGAGAAAGCAAUGCAAACACUUCAGGCCCUCCUUCGAGCGAUCUUGCUGCGUCGUACUAAGCAGUCCAAAGUUGACGGGAAGCCUAUCCUUCAGCUACCUCCCAAAACCACAAGUGAAGACAGAAUCGCCUUUGGCGAGGAUGAGCUGACCUUUUACAAGGCAUUGGAGAACAACGCUCAGAUUCAGUUCAAUAGGUUUCUGCAAAGAGGCGCCAAUGGCGGCAUUGGAAGGAAUUACUCGAAUGCUUUGGUUCUGCUCCUUCGUUUAAGACAAGCUUGCUGCCACCCACGCCUCGUGGUGGACAGCAAUGAUUUUAUGGUUCAGGUCGCGGGUUCCCUGAGUCCUGACGACCUUAUCAACAAUGCAGCAGAACUGGACCCAAGAGUCGUUGCUCGCUUGAAAGAUCUUGACGCUUUCGAAUGCCCAAUCUGUAUGGAUGCUGCUGAAAAUCCUGUGGUCUUUCCCUGUGGCCACACUCUCUGCAAUGAUUGUCUAAGUAGACUGGUCGAUCAAUUCACUAACAAUGAGGACGGCCUUGCAGCGUCUCCGACGUGUCCCCAUUGUCGAGCUAAGAUUGACUCAAAGAAGAUCACCGAUAUUGUCAGCUUUCUCCGAGUUCAUGAUCCCACUCGACCAGGUAUUCCUCCACUUGAUGCCGUUGACGAGCAUGGCGAAGAAGAAACCGAAAGUGAUGACUCUGAAGAUGAGGAGGACGGAGAUGAAAGCUCCGACCUGGAUGGAUUUAUCGUCCCGGAUGACUAUGAGUAUCAAUUAGACUCAGACUCGGCUCAAAAGAAGCGCAAAGGCCAAAAUUCCAUCCCACAAGAAACGCCCAAAGACAAGCAGUCAAAAUCGAGAAAGUUGAACCCCAAGGUCCCCCAGAAAAGCCUUGCCAUUCUUCGCAAGGAAGGCCUAAGGAAUCAGGCCGCCAAGCGUCACUAUCUAAAGCGUCUUCGCAAAACUUUUCAGCCUUCAGCAAAGACAAUUAAAACGGUGCAGCUUCUCGAGGAAAUCAAAGCCCGAGGAGAGAACGAAAAAACCAUCGUUUUUUCAAACUUCACCUCUUUCCUUGACCUACUUGAGGUACCUUUGUAUGACCACAAAGAUUUUCGAAGUUAUGUGCGUUAUGAUGGGUCGAUGUCCUCGAACGAUAGAAAUUCCGCUGUUCUCGAGUUCACAGACAACCCCCAUUGCAAUAUCAUACUCGUCAGCCUCAAAGCGGGCAAUGCUGGCCUCAAUCUGACAGCCGCGAAUCACGUUGUCAUGCUUGAUCCAUUCUGGAACCCCUUUGUCGAAUAUCAAGCAGCAGACCGGUGCUACAGAAUUGGCCAGCUCCGAGAGGUGACAGUUCAUCGUGUUCUUAUAAGUGGUGAAGGCUUCGAGGAAAAAGCCCCGGAACAAGGCUUUACUGUCGAAGAUCGAAUCCUCAAUCUGCAAGAAAAGAAGCGACAGUUGGUUGAGACUGCUUUGGAUGAAUCUGCCGGCCGGAAUGUGGCCAGAUUAGGUGUUCGAGAGCUCGGUUAUCUUUUCGGUCUCAACCGCAUGUGA